GUAGAUUUUAUAAGCUGGUGACAGGUCACUCCGGGACUGUAUAAUACGCGACAGACGGACGCGGGUUGAUUUGUCGGUGGCGAUGUUGUUCCUGGGAAAGUUAAACUUCAAUAUUUUUAUCGUGUUUAUUAUCGCCCUGGUGUACACGAAAUUCGCGACAGGCAACAUAAACUACGCCGAUAUACGAUACGAUGACCAACCCUUUGGAAUCGAGCCGGAACAUGCUAGAACAACUCGUCAGAUGUUGGAGAUGUUCGAUAGCUGGGCGGUUUACAGACCGAGUUACACCCUCCAACAGGCGGUCGAACACAUUUUGCAGUACGGGGCCCUCCUACGCCUCCAGAUCCUCGAUAGUUUUGGCUCUCUCGUCUACGACCAUUACGACGAUUACAGCAUCGGGCAAACCGAAGCUCUCUACAGAGUCUAUCAAGAAACUCUCGAAAGGAAAUACAAUAUUUUCGAUAUUGUACCGAGUAUUCUGGCACGACCGGAUACCAGACCGACCCAAAUUUGCCGACACAUUAACAAAAACGUUCAUACCUGUUUGAAGGAGAGCUCUCUCGUCUGCAUGACCAUUCAGAAGCAUGAUUAUUCUCAUCCGCAUGUCACGUCGACACCCGUAGUGAACAUAACUCGACAAAUCUAUAAAACCAGCCAUUUAAAGGAGUAUUUUCCACAGAGAUUUUCACUUCCUGCCGUCCUCACGCACCUAAAGUCGGGUAGCCUCAGAUUAACGGUUGGCUUGUUAUCCGGACUACUGCACAACGUUCAGUACGACAGUUUUGACGACGAGGUACGCACAGCGGAAAGGAACGUCAUGAUCAAAUUGAUGUCGCAAACCAAACACCAUGAAAUUCCGAUAGACAGACAUUCACUGCAGCGUACUCACACGGUCAGCGAACUGCUGAAGGCAAUAUUCGACCGACACAAAACCAUGUACGACGGUGAAACUAACAAAGAUUUUGCCGUACUGUCGCAACAUGUCGUACGCGAAGUUGAGGCCAUAAGCCGUAACAUAGAGCUUCUUGGCUCGGUCUACGAAAACGGUACAAUUCAUUUGGACUACCUUAUGAAUUUGGUUCUACCGCCGGACCUUGUCGACGCCGAUGUCAUUGAGGCUAGAGAUUAUCUUCUGGAAAAAAUAGUAGACUACGAUAUAGUGAACAGAUAUUUGAAGGUGGAGAAGUAUUUGCAGAGCGGACCCGAUCAGUUACUGAUGGAAAUCUUGGGCCAAAUAAGAGACAUCAACUUCGCUGUCGAUUUGGCAUCCGCACUCCACGUUCACGCUCGUUUCUGGCACCAGAGUCACAUGAUAAACAAUCUGAACGAGUUACUGGAACUUUUUGACGCUUACGAAAACCUUAGAAAUGUUCCAAAGUUUUCGGAUCUAGUGACGUUGAUAGACGAGACACGGAAUAGCCUCUGGGAUUCUAAGAACGUGACGGUAGAAAUUCUGUGCAAUAAUCCGAGAGCCUGUCUGCGUCUCGGUCUAGAAAUCGUCGCUCAAUGCGCGCUCGUUAAUGCUGCCACGCAGUCCAAUAUUCAAAAGAUUUUUCGCUACUUGAGUAAGGAUGGGUCGAUUUACGCCGAUAACUGCGACGCGCCGAAAGAUGACUUCGAUAAAAGCUUCGGACAACCGACCGAGUCGAUAGAGAGCGAAAAAGAGUCGACGGAAGUUGUGGCUCGGAAAAAAUUCGUUACCACCGAGUCAUCCUCCGGAGAUACGACGACCGAUGAACCUGUCACACCCGCAACAACUUCCGCGGCUAAAAUAUCUGCUGUAUUACAUCGGAGAGUCGUACCGCCGAAGACAACGACAGAAGCACCAACUACGACAGAAGAACUGUUCGAAUUGGUCAGAAACAGGAAAACGACGACUGAAUCGUCGAUGCCAAAAUCGAAAGAAACGGUGAAACUUGAGCCCACCGGACGACCCUCGACUGAAGAUACGCAUGAAAGGGAAAUCACCGUGACAAUGGGAGAAGAAUUUGUCUCGCGUUCGCAAGGAAGUACAACGCAGGGGACAGAUACCACGGCGAGAAUUGGUCGAGAUUUCGCAGUGACUGUGAAAUCUACUGCGAUGGAGGACAUGGGAAGAGAAAUGACGAUAGCUGAAAAAUCCAUACCGACUGAGAAACCCACAACGAUCGGAGACACCGGAAGAAAAUUUACACCGACCGAGGAACCCAAGACGACGGAGGACGCUAAUAAAAAAUUCAAAACGACUCAAGAAGCCACGACAAUCGCGGAGGUUGGGAGAGAAUUUACAACGACUGGAAAACCUACGACGACGGAAAAAAUAAGGGAACUCAAAGAAUCCGCUGAAUCCACAACGGUAGAACAAAUGAGGGAUUCCAAGACGUCUGCAGAACCCGUAACGAUGGAGGAAAUUAGAAGAGAAUUCACAACGACCAGAAAACCUACAACGAUAGAAGAAAUAAGGGAAUUAGCAACGACUGUGAGCCCUAAAACGAUAAAAAUAAUGAGAGAAUUUGUGCCAUCCGAGAAACCCGGAUCGAUGGAGCGAAUAAAAAAGGAACUGACAACUACCGAAGAAACCACAACCAUCGCUCAGACGAAACUGGCGACUGACGAUGAUUGUCAAGGUGACCAAUGUGUCUCGGAUGCAUCGAAAGAAGGAUUCGACACUCUGUCAGGUGGCACAUCGAAUACCAGGCCAACAUCUUCAUCUAUGUCACAGAUAAAGUCAAUGAUGACCAGGCAGCUGGAUCUGCAGACUACAGUCGCCAUUCCCACAACUAGCGAGCAUCGGACCACGAGCACUACAAUGACCGAAUCUCCUAAUCGUCGAUCCGAGGAGCGCAAAGUUCACGAGACGACAUCACCAGAAGAUUGUUCCGGCGAAAGCGGCUGCCCUUCGAACGCGUGUUCCGGACCUGAUUGCGAGUCGACCAGUGAAAGCGAUUGCGCAGUCGAAGGUAACUGUCCCGAAAGAUUGAUCGAAACAUGCGACGAUCCUACAAAUUGUAGUUCCGACUCGAACAAAGCCGCUGAAGAUCCCCAUAACGGUUGCGCAGAUGAGAACUGUUCAGAGGCAACCCCGACCCAAGACCUUCUCAACUGUUCAGGAAUCGAUUGCGCCAAAAUCAUUCAUGAGGAUACCGAAGAGUCUGACGACUGCGACGGUUACGAUUGCCCUGAUGAUUCAAACAGCAACGAAUCGGAGUGCAACGGUGCCGAGUGCACGAGUCGCGAAGAACUAGACCCCCCAACGACCACCUCGAAGGACAAACUAUUGCUCAAGACGCCUGCGAGCGUCGUCCGGUGCGACAACAAAGACCCUCAUCACCAGAGAAAACUGCAGCGAUUGCAGAAGAUCCGGGUCAUCAAUGCCCGUCAAGCGACAGCACCACCACCGACCACUCGACCUUCAAUUUUCGACGACGAUGGUUCGGACGAACUGGUGUAUUCCGGAACGAGGAAACGUCUGGCUUCUUCGGAAACCUCGUUGGAGCUGACCGAGCCAACGGCAGUGGUUAAAAAGACUCAUCUGAAAUCAUUGCAACAAAGUUUGCCACCUUGGUUACGAUCACGACGAAAUCAGCAGGGAUUCCUCAAUCGGCAGCAAUAUCCCCCGUGGUAUCCAGAUCACCUGCAAUCGUUUUCCCCGAAUCGCAUUGGGGAAGAUAAUGUCUCGCAGCGAGAUACGAUGAGUCACACGGUGAACGAAGAUCGAAACGCUUUUGGCCCAGGUAUGAAACCGAAAAACAACACGAAUGUCGAUGCUAAUACUAAAGUAUAUUUGAUGAACCAUGUGACGGAUCAACGUCACUCGCCCUCGCAUCCUGCUCAUGAUACGGUGCAGUCUAGACGGCAACGAAUCCAGGAAACCACCGUGGGCCAGAGGGUCUAUACUCCUUCGGAAGAGUUUGCGGGUAUCUCCAGGAGACGCAUGGAAAAUUCAUUGAGAGCGAGACCUGUUUUAUAUCAGUCGAAAUCCGAUGCGUCUCAAAUAGAGGUUACAAGAAAGAAUAGAUCCAUUAUCGGGACACCCAAGAGAGAGAGUCGACGUUACCGAACUCUCUGACAUAAUAUGAUAUCCGAAUCAAUCGGCAUUUUUCAGACGAAGUACGUAUGGUGAAAAAGAUGAGAGGGUGAGAAAUCGGAGUGAUGCGGAUCAGUGGCAUGGUAUUCGUCGUGUCUCGAGUGCCCGCGGGUGUUCCAAAAACAUUGUAAGUCGAAAGAAAAAAAGUAACAAUGAUAAUAAUAAUAAUUCGUCAAACACA